AUGUUUAACAAGAACGAGCAAAAGAAUGGCAUCUCGUCUCUCAAUAACCCCGCGCCCACGCUGUACCCCAUUCCCAUGGGUACUGAAUUCGACUGCGAGGCCAAGUUGACAAGUGACAACCACCGCACGACGCUGUUCAACACGGACUUACACAAGACGGCCUUCUCGAAGUCUUCGGCAGAUCCACAUGGCGGCAUGUCCGUUGAGGGUCCCGGGCCACUUUCUUCGUCCACAUCUGGCGCUUUCCUCGGUCGCUUUGUGACCCCCUUUUCCUCUCUCUUCUGGAGUCGCGGAUCCCAGGCGUGGCAGUGGCCGUGCGGAAGAAUGGAACCGCAGAAUUUUGGCUACCCUGGAGAUAUCCAGCUCUCCUACGCGCGCCUGGGCGUCUUAUCAACAUGA